UCAUCUCAACAAGCUAAGCAGCACACUGUCCAGUACCGGCUUAGCUUAGCAGACUCAGAGAGCGGCCAUGGCAACGACGCUGGCGACAGCCAGGCUCGUCCUUCUCGUGGCCCUCGUGGCCGGCAGCACCUCCUGCGGCGGCGCGUGGGAGCUGAGCGGCCUCCGGAUGCCGACGGCGGCGCGGGCCGUCCAGGCGGCCGCGGAGCGCUUCGUCGAGGAGGAGGUGGCGGCGCCGGUGAUCCACGCGCUGCGCCCGCUGGUGGGCUCCGCCGGGGACCUCGGCUGGCGCGGCGGCGUGCCGUGCGACAGCUGGCGGCUGGCCGUGGAGACGAACAACAAGCGCGACUGGAGGACGGUGCCGGCAAGGUGCGAGCGCUACGUCGGCAACUACAUGCUCGGCGGGCACUACCGCAGGGACUCCCGCGUCGUCAUCGACGAGGCCGUCGCGUACGCCGAGGGGCUCCAGCUCGCUGGCAACGGCAAGGAGGUGUGGGUGUUCGACAUCGACGAGACGGCCCUCAGCAACCUCCCCUACUACGCCUCCAAUGGCUUUGGCACGAAGCCGUACGACGCGACGAGCUUCAACGCGUACGUGUUUGCGGGAAGCGCGCCGGUGCUGCCGGAGACGCAGCGGCUGUACAACAAGCUCAUCUCUCUCGGCAUCACGCCGGUGUUCCUGACGGGCCGCAGAGAGAACCAGAGGGCCAUCACCGUCGCCAACCUCCGCCGCGAGGGCUACUCCGGCUGGAUGAAGCUCCUGCUCAAGCCCGUCGGGUACAAUGGCACCGCCAUCGGCUUCAAGUCCGACGAGCGCCGGAAGCUCCAGGACGCCGGCUACGUCAUCGUCGGCAACAUCGGCGACCAGUGGAGCGACAUCCUCGGCGCGCCGGAGGGGGCGCGCACCUUCAAGCUGCCCGACCCCCUCUACGUCGGCCACUACAUGCUCGGCGGGCACUACCGCCGAGACUCCCGCGUUGUCGUCAACGAGGCCGUCGCGUACGCCGAGGGGCUCAAGCUCGGCGGCAAGGGCAAGGAGGUGUGGGUGUUCGACAUCGACGAGACGUCCCUCUCCAACCUCCCCUACUACGCCACCCACGGCUUCGGCACGAAGCCGUACAACGCGACGAGCUUCAACGCGUACGUGCUGGAGGGGAGCGCGCCGGUGCUGCCGGAGACGCAGCGGCUGUACAACAAGCUCAUCGCGCUCGGCAUCAAGCCGGUGUUCCUGACGGGCCGCACCGAGGACCAGAGGGCCAUCACCGUCGCCAACCUCCGCCGCCAAGGCUACUCCGGGUGGAUGAAGCUGCUGCUCAAGCCCGUCGGCUUCAAGGCCUCCGCCGUCGGCUUCAAGUCCGGCGAGCGGAAGAAGCUGGUGGACGCCGGCUACGUCAUCGUCGGCAACAUCGGCGACCAGUGGAGCGACAUCCUCGGUGCGCCGGAGGGGGCACGCACCUUCAAGCUGCCCGACCCGAUCUACUACAUCGGCUAAGCGAAGAUGGCCUCCGAUCCGUAACAUCCAGCGCCGGCUACUCUCCCUCGAUCCAUCGCCUGUUUUGUAAUGAACUGCGUGAUGUUACCCCUCGGUUCUUAAUAAACCGUUCCAUGUCGUCUUUUACUCAACGGUUAGGAUUUGAGUGGAAUAAGAUUCGAUUAGUCAAUA